AUGAUUCAAAUGACAAGUCAGCAAGUAUCAUUGUUGAAGGGCUGGCUCAGUAAACUUGAUCUUGAUCCUUCUCUUCUAGGUGCUCUAUCGCCAAGAUGUGCGUUACAACCUAUGGAGAAGGAUUGGCAUACAUAUGAAUUCAACACAUUCGUACUUGGGAGCGCGAUUUUUUAUCAUAGCUGUGACGGUAGUAGCAAGCGUAUCUUCAAAGAAUAUAGGCAGGAUUUUGGAAAUUGGUCAUAUGAUAAUUUCAAUAAAACUUCUAAAGUCUUCCUCGAAGCACUCAAGAACACCUUGCGCUAUCGCGGUGUGAAUCUAGUCGAGCUUGGUUCAGUACGCUUUAACCUUGGCUAUAACAGCAAGCGUGAAGCUGCACCAGAUUGGGAUAAGGAGGAUCUUAAACGAAGCUUCAAGGAUCUCUCGCUUGCAUUCCAACAAGAAGUCAUCGCAGAUAAGCUUUUACCAGAAGACAUCCUGGCAGCUCUCGUGACAAAGUAUUCACAAUUGAUAGUAAAGGAGGCAGACGCUUCUGCUGAAGAACACAUUCAAGAUGAAGUGAAAAGUGAAACAAAACUUGAAACAUUACCUCUCAGCAACGCAACUGUAAGAUCUACCAUGGACGUGACAAGAUUAGAUAAAACUAUUGAAUUGGACCGUACGAAAGCAGACUGCCUUAUUAGCUUCGCUCAAGUCUGGCGCAGUGAGAACGAUUACACUGGCGAUUUAUUUGAUAAUCUCGAUUACAAGAUUAUUGAAUUCAAAUGGUGCAUGAAUAUUCUGCAAAUUAAAUCCGAAAAUUGGCCUUGUUGUUUCAAAUUUAUCCUUCGUAAACAAGCAGACUGUUUUGCUCGUGAUAGUUUUAAGGAUGAAUGGGCAUUCGAUCAGAUGGUAGAAGCUUUGAAGGAUCAAUUCGAAACAGCUGAAAGAAAGCAACUUCAUCGUUUUAUUUGGGCAAAUAUCACGUUCAAAUCAGUCGUGAGCGAGAAUCCUACAAAGAGCAAGUCAGAUAAUUUACAACUUCUCAUCACAAAAUUACGUAAAUGUCAAUAUGCGUUAGGAGGUCAAUACGCUGCAGACAUUCACAUCGUUGACUGUCUGUUACGUGCAUGCCGUGAUGAACCUGACCUAGCCAUGGUUUACGGCAGUAUGCCCAAAAGCUUCGAAGCUGUUUGUGCUGUAUUCCAUAAAGCACUGGAGGGGAACUCACGUUUCCAAAGUACUACAUCAAUCUUAACGGAGGAGUAUAGCUCAUCUGACUAA